UCGCAUGCGCCUUGUCUACGUCAGUGACAUGCAAGAAAGUAUGUGGCCACCCGCCCGUGACCGACGGUAUGGAUACACUGGGCCUAAAGCGUGUGUAUGAGAUUGGAAAAGAGGUGACCCUGGCAUGUGAGCGUGGAUACACACCUGGGAAAGCCAAGACUGCCAAGAUCACCUGCUCAGCCUCGGGAGAGUGGACCAAACUGGACCUUGUGUGUUCUCAGGUGAGUUGCUCCAUCCCACCAACGAUAGACCACGGCCUCAUAACCUUUGCUGUGAUGAGGGAGGCUGGCUACAAGGAGAAGGUCAAGUACCAGUGCCAGGAACACUACGUUCUGGACGGCUCUGAGGAAAUACAGUGUCAGAAUACAGGCAUCUGGUCCACUUUGCCCGUUUGUAGAGCCCCCUGUAAAGUUAACAUCAACAGAGGUCGCAUCUUCUACAACGCCAAGAAGAUCUGGAUUGGGGAUCUGAAACCCAAUAGAGUCCUUCACAGGGAGUCUGUUGUGUUCUACUGUCUGAACAAGGAGCUGAAGUGUGGCCUUCCAGUAGCAAGUCAGUGCAURGACGGCACACUCAAUACCCCCAGAAUGUUUUAAAGAACCAGGCAAGAUGGAGUACACCCUCAAGCCCAAAUCACUUCCAUCUGAGAUUGCGAUGUGUCCUGCCGACCUAACAAAAUAAACACAAUACGAAGAGGAAAAAUAGGGCAAAUAAAUU